UUUGGAUUAUUGGAGUAUCAAGCAGGUGAGCGAUCGUGAGGCAAUGUUUUACUUGUUUCGCUAUGAAAAUUUGAACGGAAAGUUGAAAAUCUUUAACGUUUUAUAAAUUAUGAAUAAAGAUACUCUGUAUUGGCGUAUAGAUCAAUAUAUACAAGUAAGAAGUUAAGAUUGGUAACAAACUUUUUAUCGAAGUAGUCAUUUAAAGCAGCACAAUGGCUGUAGGAAUUUUUCCUGCUGCUAAAUUAGGAGUUCUUUUUAUCAAACAAAUUAGUAAACCUUUGUCCAAAAUGAUUGUUAACAAUGCAAAGAAUCAUGCUGUCUUCAGAACUUAUUUCAUUAUACCUCCAGCUCAAUUUUAUCACUGGGCAGAAGUCAAAGCCAAAAUGUAUUUAAUGAACUUGGGCAAACCUACUAAAGUAGCUAAGUUGAAUGAACAAAUGGCCAUUGAACUUGGUGCUAGUUUAAUGAGUGAAAUCAUCAUCUUCAGUGUAGCAGGUGGUUGCCUUUUGUUGGAAUACAAUCGUCAAGUAGCAAAGGAAGCUAAGAAAGAAGAACUCAGGCAGAUGCAAUUACAAAAAUUUACUGACGAUAUUCAAGCAUUGUAUGAAGCUACUCUUAAGCAAGAAGCUGAAUUGAAUUAUCUACUGCAAUCACUUGAAGAUCUAGCAAAGAAAACCAAAAAUAAGCUUCCUGAAAAGAAGCAUGAAUCCAUUAACAACAAAACUAGUGAAGAGAACAAUCAAAGUGUGAUCAAGCAAAAACCAAGUUAACUUAAUACAUUCAAAGGCAAGUGACUUUUAAGAAAUGGUAAUGGUAAUGUCGAAUUUCUUUCCUGGUAGUAACAAAUUAAGAGAGAUAAAUAAUCUUGGUUUUUUGUAUCAGUGAUUAAUGUAUUUUAUAGUUACUAUAUUUGGUUUUACUACAAAGUUCAUUUGUACAUAAAACUUGUUACAAUUUAAAUAUUAUAGGAAAUGAAAGCAAGAAAUGUACAUACAUAUAAUCAGUCAAAUUUAUGAACUAAUUUUCAUUUCUAAUGAACCUUUCUAAGAGUUUUGCAUAUUUUCAUUUUUGUUAGUUUAUUUAAAUCUAGUCAAUACACAUCAAUUUAUUACUAAAUAAUUUAAGGAUGAUUGAACAUUUGUAGUUCUUAGAUGCUAAACUGCUUGGUUUUUCAUGUUGUCACUUGUCUUUUUGAUGUAAAAAUAUUGACAAUAGUUUCUAAAGCUUUUAUUUUGUUAUGGCACAUUCUAUAAUAGUUUUACUUGCUGGCGAGUAAUUACACUUAUAAUUACAAUUUAAACAAUUUCCGUACAUCAAAC